AUGCCCAUGCUGUUCACCAUCAUGAACAGCCUUGAGGCGGAGUUGAUGGAAGCGCGGAUUACCUACGACGAGAUGUCGAACAUUAUGUGGAAGGACCUUAUGAGUGAAGGAGAUGUACUUAAAAGGACGGCCCGUCAAGCUUACAGAAGUGGUCAGGAGGCCACUUCCCGGUCGGGCGGCGAAACAAAUGGAGAGGCUGGCGAUGGUGGAGUAGCCUCACCAGCGCGUCCUCAUGGUGGGCCGGAAGGUUCCUCAGGAGCUGCCGCUGGAGGUAAUGCUGCAAAAGGAAAGGGAGCAGCAGGUGCAGCUCUGAAGUGCCCAGCUGGUCCAAAGGGACCAAAAGGAGCGCCGGGACUCAAAGGACUUGAUGGUGAACCCGGAGCACCUGGAGCAAAGGGUAAGGCAGGGCUGUCGGGCAAUGCUAUCGAAGGCGAAGAAUGUCCUCCAUGUCCGCAAGGUCCGCCUGGUGAACCAGGAUACAAAGGCAAACGUGGUGCUCGU